AUGCGAGCUUUCCGGCUGUUGGGCGAUCUGGCGCCAGGGUUCCAUUUCAGUGACGCGCUCAAUCUCAAGAACUUCUUGGAGACAGUGGCAAGCCAGACUUUCGCAUCGCAUUGCACGCCCACCAACCCAAUGCUGGGCAACAUCUCCCACUCGCCAGUAUGGAGGAACCAAGGCUACGUCUGCCUCGCAUGUCGACGCCAGAAAGUCCGCGCCCAUCGACAGCAGCGGCGAUGGAACAGCGAAGUCCAUCACACGACCACAUCCGCCAUUAGCGAUUCCUGGUUCGACACCUUGAACGACAUCAGCGACAACUUUGGCAAACCGGCGCCCACGCCCAAGGCCGAACCUGAGACCAAAGUGUCAAAGAAGGCAGAGGCAAAGCAGCAAGAUGACCCGUUCACUGCGCUCAAGGGGUCGUUGUCAGAGAAGGUGGAAUCUCCUCCAGGCACGCGGCCAUCUACAGACUUCGCGAAGCUCCAACAGAUGCUCAAGGAAGAUAGUUUCAAGUUCACCAAACAGCAGAAAUCAGCUCCACCUAAAACCCACCACGCAAAACGACAGCAGCGGAGGGCGUCCAGAGAAACAGCCCAAGAUGGUGUCGAAGGUUUCGCAGCUGAAGAACCAAAUAGCACAGCGGCUGCAACGGUCUCGAUGAAGAUGAACAGCCUAGUGCAGCAGUUGAAGGGCGUGCAGGAAGAGAAAGCUGCAGAGGACGAUGGGCGACUGUCAUGGACAAAAGACGCCCAGGAUUUGGCGGUGAAAGAGCUACUCACGGGGAAUGAUGCAGCAGAACAAGCAGACGACACAGAGCCAAGGCCACUUCCGGCUUUCAAUGCUGCCGGUACUUCCUGCAGAAUACGCUAUAAACAUCCCAUCGCGGACAGGGUGGAGGUACCCCCUGGCAAGACUUCACAGGCGCGAAAAGAUUCCAAGGUUGCAACAAGUAAUGACGAAUCUAUCGAGGGCCCGGUCACGUAUAAAGCAAAGACAUCCCCAGCUGCGAGUGGCCUAGGAGGGCCGAUCAUGGAGGAAGAGUCACAGCCCCGAACCCUGGUAGCUCGGUGGAGGAAACAGCAGCAGCAGCAUAGCCCGUUUGGUGUACGAAAGGAAGGAUCUGGCCAAGGUGCUCUGGGAGUCUCUUUCGACUCAUUGCGCAGCGCCGACAAGGUGUCCGAUCACACAAACGCCAGUUCGAAGAAGCACUCGACGCCUUUCGGCGUGGACGUUGCUGCAUCGCGUAGCCUGGGUGACCUAGCAGCUCGUAAGAUUAAGGCUAUGCUGGGAGCUAAGGACGAAGAGACGAAGCCAAAGGUCAAGCUGAAUGGAAUGAACAUGAACAGCCUGCUGACCUCUCUCAAGUCUAAAACCCAGGAGGUCGAGGAAGUGGUACCAAAAGCUGUUGAGGCGGUGUCACAGCCCGAUUCCGAACCAGCAAAUCAGCCGGAGCCUACUACAUCCGAAGAUGUGACUUCUGAGGAAGCUAAAGCACACGAGAGCUUGACCAACCUGUACUCGAGGCCCCGGAUUCAGUACUCGAGUCCCCCUGCUAUUCCAAAGCGAUCCUUGCCGGAUUCUGCCAGUGCUGCCAUGCUGGCUCGUGACAGCCCAAUGCCUGCCGGGCAGUCACUCGCUGAUGCAAUGAAAGGCAAUGGCAGCGCGAAGCAAACAUCCGGAAACGCUCCUCCCGAAUCACCACCCGAGGAUCCAGAACCAUCUGAGGAGCCACAGGCGGCGACAGAGCAGAACACGCUGGACCCGUCUAGCAUCGACGUCAAGCCUCUGGACAUUCCACAACCUCCUGUACCAUAUCUCGAGUACGGUUUGGAUCGUGUCUUGUUCAAUCCUGGCGUUUAUCAGCUGCAAGAUCCAGCCUCCCGUGUCUACAACUUCGAUCCAUAUCUUCAGAACAUUAUGCCAGUCACCGAGUUCGACUUCAAUGCCUUGAAAGAGUACAAGACGUCUUCGCAAGAUGAUGCACUGUCGGCAUUGGCUUUGAAGGAAGGCAAGAGAUACAUUGGGUCCACAUCCAGUAUGACCAGCUCAUUGACGCAUUUUCACCAUUUGCUAUCGAACUUUCGAACAGUAAACACAUCUAUGUACAGCCGAGAGUUUUCAGGCAAUAGUCGAGAAGGCCUCAGAGCGACAUUCACCGAGAUCAACAGAGCACCGAGCUCGAUCUUCUUGCGAUGGAACAAUGGAACAUACGCUAUCGAUGCCGAUAAAGAGUACGAUAGCGGGAAUGUUCUGAUGCUUCUUGGCAAGUCUAUGGAACUGCUCCUCACCCUACCCAAGGAUGACUACGAGCGAUACCGCAAGAGCGAUCCUCGUCAGGUACCCGAGGAACAGAGAACUGGGCCUGAAGCCUACCAGUACACCACCAUGGGCGACUUUCUGAUGCGUUCUCAGCUUGAUGCUUACGACCCACGACUGCCUGGAAAUGGUACCUUCGAUCUGAAGACACGGGCGGUAGUGUCCGUUCGCCACUCGGCGGCGGACUACGAGCGCAUGACUGGAUAUGAACUGUUCAACCUCCAAGGCAGAUGGGGCUCAUACGAGAAGGAGUACUACGACAUGACUCGCUCCACCAUGCUCAAGUACAUGCUUCAGGCACGCAUGGGACGCAUGAACGGCAUCUUCGUCGCCUAUCACAACGUCAAGCGCAUGUUCGGCUUCCAGUACAUUCCCAUGCACGAGAUGGACCGCGCUCUCCAUGGUCAAACAGACAGCUGUCUUGGUGAUCAGGAGUUCAAGGCCAGCCUCAGUAUCAUGAACGAGAUCUUCAAUAAGGCAACUGCCAAGUUCCCUAACCAGUCCUUGCGCUUCCACUUCGAGACUCGACCUGAGCGUGGCGAAGUACCCACGUCGCUGCAUGUCUUCGCCGAACCUAUGGCAGAGAAAGACAUCGAUGCGAUUCAGAGCUCCUCGAAGGCAAAGAUGGCAGCCUAUGAGCGCGACAUUAUGGGCAAGAAAGAUGAGCCUCCCGUUGAGGAGAGUUCCUCAAAUGAGCCUCUGGACGCCGAGUCUGGCAACGCAAUCGAAGCAAAAUCGUCAAACAAACUCACAGCCGACGAUGAUGCAACCAGCGAGACCAACAACGACGACGUCUCAGUCGAAACGCAAACCCCAACCGUCCACUCCACCGACGCUCCCGCAGACCGCGCCUUCCUCGACAGCAUCGGCACCAGCAGCGAAGACCUGGCACCCCUCUUCUACGCCACCGUCAUCGUCCAAUCCAAAGUCGACGGCGAAUUCAUCGAAGGCGACCGCCCCACCGACCUCAAGAAGACCCAAAAGUGGGAAAUCGACUACAUCCUCAACGAAUACGAAAUCACCCGACACCAAUGGGCCCUCUACGAAGACUGCAAAGCACGCCGGAAGCAUGCGCUCGAUAAUAGUGACGAUGAUUCUGAUGGUGUGGAGGAUAAGAGCUUGAAGGGGUAUCUGCAGUUUUUGAAGGGGAUGAGUGAGAAGGGGGCGGAGAUUAGGAGGAAGGUGGAUGAGAUGGACAAGGGGAAGGAGGUGCUGAGGGUGGAGAAGGGGUUGGUGAGGGAGAGGGAGGUGAUUGAGAGGGUGGAGGAUUAUAUGGAUUGGAUGUAUAGGGGGAGGGAUGUAUAG